AAAUCAAUCCAGGUGCCAGACGAGGCCUGAAGGGAAAAAGGAUAGAGGAGAAGGAGAGAGCCCCGUGCUCCGCUAAACACAGUGGUUAUUUGACAAAAGUGGUAAACAAGGCAACGAAGCCGCUUGGGGAAACGGACGAACCUCUUGACGACGUCGUUGUCGAUAUCGUCCUGUUGCCCGGGGCGCGCGGUUGGGAGGAAUUUCAAGCCAACAUCGAAGCCUAGAAGUCCAAAUUAAUUAGUUUGCAACUUUGCUUUGAAGCCUCACGGUGUUACAUUCUUGUGUGAAGAUGCAAGGUUGAAGUGCUAGAUUGAAUUAACAAAAAUAUAUAAUUUCAAAAGAUUAAGGAGCCACUCGAUCCUGAAGAUUUCAUACUGAAAGUUGAAUAUGUUCUCUAUUGCGGCUAUCAAUGAUACGGACUCCAGAAGUCGGUGGGAACCACUUGCUCCAACAAAGGAAGCCCAGGAAUUUCAUCUGUCUCAAACUUAUCAUGAAGGACUUCUUAAGCUACAAUCAAAAGAAUAUGAAAAGGCUCGGGAGCUUUUAGAAUGUGUUCUCAAAGAUCCUCUUAUAGCUAAUGCGCAAGUGGAUGGCAGUGCCAGUGAUGAUCAUAUUUUGCAACUCAGGUUUUUGGCAUUGAAGAACCUAGCCUCCGUUUUUCUUCAGCAAGGUUCUGCUCAUUAUGAGAAUGCACUCCAUUGUUAUCUUCAAGCUGUGGAUAUUGACUCUAAAGAUUCUGUUGUCUGGAACCAACUGGGAACAUUGUCAUGCUCAAUGGGUGUAUUGAGUAUUUCACGGUGGGCAUUUGAGCAAGGCCUUGUGUGUAGCCCUAAUAACUGGAAUUGCAUGGAAAAACUUUUGGAAGUUCUUAUCGCUAUUGGCGAUGAGGUUGCAUGCCUUUCUGUUGCAGAAUUAAUUCUGAGGCAUUGGCCAUCACAUUCUCGUGCUUUGUAUGUUAAAAACACCAUUGAAGAGUCAGAACCGUUGCCAUUUGCUCCUAGAGGCAUAGACAAGCUGCAACCUAAACAUGUACGGCUUAAAUUUCCAAACAAGAGAAAGGCUACUGAUGAAAAUCUGGAUGAGGUUGUUGCAUUUAAGAAACUGAACCAGAAUGUAGAAAUUCACCUAACAGAAGCUUCCUGGGUGGCUCUUGCUGAUGCACUGCUGGAUAUCUUAUUUCCAUUGAAUGCUCAAAGUUCUGAUACAGAGCAUGAAAAAGCAAGCAAAUCUGGGGACAUCAGAUUGAGCAUGUUCAUAUCCUGUUCAGAAAAUGGUAUGAACUCUGUGAUUGGGAAAGGGCCUAGUGGUGACAAUAUUGCUUUUGGUGAUGGUAACAUAGAAAGCCCAGGUGCCCUUAAAGGAAAGGAAGCAAAUUCCCAAGAAGAACAACCACAUGAGAGGCGAAGUUCUCGUUUAGAAAGGCUCAGGAGUCGUAAACCAGGGAAAGAAGAAUCAGAUUCUUCAUGUGGCAAGGACCAUGCUCGGGUUGUCAGUCAAUAUCUAGAAUCUUUUGUUUCUGGUGAAUUGGUUGGCAGAGAUUCUCUUGAUACUUCUACAACAUCCAAGACAGUAGAUAUUGAAUCAAAUGAAGUUUCUAGAUUUGUAAGAGAAACCUCACAAAACUAUGGUGCUUACCACGUGGGACACCUGCUUUUAGAGAAAAUUGCAAGACAAAGCCUUAGGUAUCAAGAUGCAUUUGUCAAAUUCCUGGAGUUGGAGAAAUUGACAAGGCAUUGGGGAAAGGAAAGAACUGCUGAAUGUAACCUUUUUCUUGCGGAACUGUAUUAUGACCUGGGGUUGUGCUCUCCCUGUGGUUCUGAGCAGUCAAAGUUUAUGUCAGACUCAUCUUAUCAUCUCUGUAAGAUCAUAGAGUCUAUAGCUCUAGACUAUCCUUUUCACUUGACUCAUGAGUUGAAGAAGGAAGGUUGUUCUUUGGCUACCAUUGCCUCUGUCGACGAUAAUUCAGACAGCUCACUUCUAAUGGAAAACAAUUCUUUUUGGGUUCGAUUCUUCUGGUUGAGUGGGAGAUUGUCUAAUUUUGAUGGUGACAAGGCAAAAGCUUGCGAAGAAUUAUGCACUUGUUUGUCACUCUUGGCAAAGAGGCAAAGUUUGAACGAUUCCCUAUGUAAAGUUUGCUGCCCACAUUGUAAGAUUAUAAAAGAGCUAAGCAUUGAUAGAGUUCUUUAUGAAAUUAAUAUAUUAAAGGUCAAUUUCUUGAUGGAGAAAUCAGUCAAUAAGUUGGUUGAAAGAGAAAUGUAUUCAGAGUGUGUACCCUUGCUUUCUCCACUUCUCUUCUCUACAAAGGAUGUCUACAUUGAUUCAUUGUCUUUAACUGUAGCGGAUAAAAAAGAUGAAAAGAUAACCUCAGUUGAACUAAUGGCUCUAGAUGUUCUAAUAGAAGCAUGUCAGAAGUCAAAGCCAAUGGAUAUGGAGCUCUAUUUAAAUUGUCAUCAUAGAAAGUUGCAAAUACUGAUGGCUAUUGCAGGGCUGAAUAUGUGUACUACAUCAUUUAAAUCUUCCCAUCAAACUCUAGGCAUUAGUACUCCUCCUAAUGUUGAUACUGCUUCAAAGGAAGGUUCAAGUAAGCACUGUAGUCUAUUGGUUGCCGAGGAAGUAAAAGAACUCUCUGACUGUGUCUCAAAAGUGAAGAAAGUUAUUGAUCAAUGUAGAGAUUCUAAUGGCAUUAUUGGUCCAAUAAGCAGUAUUUGUCAGAUUCAAUCUCUGCUCCAGUCAGUCAUGAGCUAUUUUGCGAACAUACUUGUCUGCGACAAAGCCCCUGGAGUGGUGAUUUCUGAUCAAGCUGAGAGCAGCUGUUUUGUUGAUGCAGCCAUUGUAUUUUGUAAACUUCAGCAUUUUAACCCAAAUGUACCUAUUAAAACUCAGGUUGAUUUAAUUGUUGCAAUACAUGACUUGCUUGCUGAGUAUGGGCUUUGCUGUGCGGGUGAAGGUGGCAAAGGUGAAGAAGGAACAUUUCUUAGAUUUGCAAUAAAGCAUCUAUUGAUCUUGGAUAUGAGGCUUAAAUCCAGCUUUAACCCUAAAAAGAAAGAGCUAAUGCAGCGGGAUGAGAAGGCAUCCCAAAACAACGUUGUUAAUGUGUCUGCAGAAGAAUUGAAGACUUAUAAAUUAGAUCUUCAGAAAGAUUGGGCCAAAAUAGGUGAAAUGGGAUCUGAGGAGAAGGAUGAUCAUGAAGGAAUAAUAUCCAAGGGCAUUUUAUCCCACAAAAUCCAUAAUAAAGACAGUAAGAAGGUAGAGGGUGACAAUCUUGGAGAUGCAGGGUCUGAAAGUAAGCUAAGCAAAAGCGAAAUGGUAAGCAAUCCUUUGAUUGAAUGUGGUAAUGAGCUUACCGAAGAUGAAAGGGAAGAACUUGAGUCAAAAAUUGACAAUGCCUUAGAUCAGUGCUUUUUCUGCUUAUAUGGAUUAAAUCUGCGAUCUGAUUCAUCUUAUGAAGAUGAUAUAGUGAUGCACAAAAAUACAAGCCGGGGAGACUAUCAGACCAAGGAACAGUGUGCUGAUGUUUUCAAGUAUGUUCUUCCCUAUGCAAAAGCAUCGUCUAGAACUGGAUUAGUGAAGCUUCGAAGAGUUUUGAGAGCUAUUAGGAAGCAUUUCCUGCAGCCACCAGAAGAUGUCUUGGCUGGAAACCCCAUAGACAAGUUCUUAGAUGAUUCUGAUCUAUGUGAAGAUAAACUCUCAGAUGAGGCUGGGUCAAAUGGAUUCCUGGAAACUAUUACUAGGAUCAUUUUUCCUGAUGCAGGAGGUCUCACACAGUAUAACACAUUAUUAUGUGGGAGGUCCGAACCGUAUUUGGAGGUCUAUUGUAACUUGUAUUAUUUCCUUGGUCUGUCUGAGGAAAUGAGUGCAACAGAUAAAUGGCCUGGCUUUGUAUUGACCAAGGAAGGGGAAGAAUUCGUUGAACAAAAUGCCAACCUUUUCAAAUAUGAUUUAAUGUAUAAUCCUCUUCGCUUUGAAAGUUGGCAGCGUCUUGCAAACAUUUAUGAUGAGGAAGUAGAUUUGCUGCUGAAUGAUGGUAGCAAACACAUUAAUGUAGCAGGAUGGAGGAAGAAUACUACUUUACCCCAAAGAGUGGAAACAAGUCGUAGGAGGAGUAGACGGUGCCUGCUAAUGAGCUUAGCUCUGGCAAAGACAUCUGAUCAGCAGUGUGAAAUACAUGAGUUAUUGGCGUUGGUAUACUAUGACAGCCUCCAAAAUGUCGUGCCUUUUUAUGAUCAGAGGUCUGUUUUGCCUUCAAAGGAUGCAGCAUGGAUGAUGUUUUGUGAAAACUCAAUGAAACAUUUUAAGAAGGCCUUUGCACUUAAACAAGAUUGGUUGCAUGCAUUUUACUUGGGCAAACUUAGUGAAAAACUUGGAUAUUCACAUGAAACCUCAUUAUCAUAUUACAACAAAGCUAUUUCAUUGAAUACGUCAGCUGUAGAUCCUGUCUACAGAAUGCAUGCCUCACGCCUGAAGCUACUCUUUAAGUAUGGAAAACAAAGUUUGGAGAUUCUUAAGGUUCUUUCAGCACACUCUUUUAAUCAAUCUGCAAAAGAAGCUGUCAUUAAUAUCCUCAGUGACAUGGAUGAAUCAUUAACAAGUGCAAAGGAAAAAUGUGUACAAGUCAAUUCUGUGGAGAUAAGGCAUGAAGGACUGCUCAAAUUGGAUAGGGCAUGGUCCAUUCUUUACAAUGACUGCCUCUCUGCCCUUGAGACUUGUGUGGAGGGGGAUCUUAAACAUUUCCACAAGGCCAGAUACAUGCUGGCUAUAGGGAUUUAUAAAAGGGGUGACAGUGGUGAUAUAGAGAGGGCAAAAGAUCAGCUAUCUUUCUGCUUCAAGUCAUCACGUUCUUCCUUUACAAUAAAUAUGUGGGAAAUUGAUAGCAUGGUAAAAAAAGGAAGGCGAAAAACACCAAGUUCUGCUGGGAACAAGAAAGCCCUUGAGGUUAAUUUGCCAGAAAGUUCACGGAAGUUUAUUACUUGCAUCCGUAAGUAUGUGCUGUUUUAUCUCAAGCUUCUGGAGGAAACUGGAGAUAGAUGUACUCUAGAGCGUGCAUAUAAUUCUCUUCGGGCAGAUAAGAGGUUUUCUUUAUGUAUUGAAGAUCUUGUGCCAGUGGCCAUUGGAAGGUAUGUAAAGGCUCUGAUUUCAACUAUGCAUCAUUCUCAGACUGCUGGCUCCCGUUCAGCAGGCUGUUUUGACCAUGUGCUUGAGAGGCUGUUUACUUUGUUCAUGGAGCAAGGGAAUUUAUGGCCAGAGAUAUGCUGCUUGCCUGAAAUUAAGAGCCCGGAUACAUCUGAGAGUAUUUUGUAUGGAUAUCUUCACGAAUAUAUCGUGUCAUUAGAAGAAAAUGGAAGACUGGAAACUCUUGAAGCAAUAAAUGAGAAAAUUCGCAAACGUUUCAAAAACCCAAAGUUGGCGAACAGUAAUUGUGCAAAAGUUUUCAGGCAUGCUUCUGCUGCAUGGUGCCGAUGUCUUGUAUAUAACUUGUCGCAGAUCACUCAAUUAUCAAGUGAAUUCUCACACGAGAACAAGGCCCUUCUUUUGACAGAAGGUGGUAUGGACAACAGCCAGUUGCUGUGUGUUGAUCUGCAGACACAUGAAUUAUGGAGUACAGCUCUUGAAGAACCAAUUCACCAAGAAAAAAUUGAAAAAAAAUGGAGUGCCAUUUUAUCAAAAAUCAAGAAUACAGUUAUCAAGAAAGCUUUUGAUGAUAAUUUGGAGGCUGCAAACACUUUGCUCAGAGCCUCCUACAAUUUUUACCGUGAGAGUUCUUCUGUAUUUAUUGGCUCUGGUGUCAAGCUUUAUCUAAUUCCACCUCAAUUGGCAACUGAAGCACAGUUCCACCCAAGUAUGCAUGGGAUUGAAGCGCUUGAUCUUAGCAUCCCAAGGAAGCUUCUCUUGUGGGCUUUUGCACUAUUGUAUGGUCGCAGUGCUAAUAUCUCAGUUGUUGUAAAGCAUUGUGAAGAAAUUACAAAGUCAAAGAUGAAAAGAGGAAGUGGAAUUUCAUAUUCAUUUUCAAAUGUGGCAGCUGCCACUCCAACUGUUACAGGCAGCGGGAAAGAGGGAGCAAAUUCUGCUGGAUGCAUUGAUGUAACUCCUACACAUGUGACAACAGUGGGGUCUGGGUCAUUGUCUGGCCACAAUACCGCUAAUUCAGUAAUUUUGCGUUCUCCCUCUGAUGAGAUUCAAAAGAGUCUAUUUGAUUCUCCCCAACUGCAACAUUGCAACGCCAUGGCGGAAAGGAGCAAUUCGAUGACACUUGAAGGAGAUCCGUAGAGCUUGACUUCAUAUGAAUAGAAUGCAUCCAAUUACUGGAGUGGAAGAUGUCCUGUCACUCCAGGGAAAAGCAUGAACAGUAUCGUGUACAAUUUGUAGAUCUUGCUGUGAUAUAUAAUUAAAAUGUAAAUAAUGUAUCAGAGUUAUACGCUUAUGUCUUAAAUAGACCACACCAUCGUAUUUGAAAAUGAUGGCUGCAGCUUUCCUUGUGGUUGCAACGUCCUCCAAUUCUUCCUUAUUUUCCCUUUUAAUUUGUUAUGUGACAUUAAAGAGAAUUAAGAGAAUAUAUCUAGGUAUUCUGUUUUUGUUA